AUGAAUGAUUAUUCAUCCGAGAGCACUUCUUAUUCUUAUGAAUACAGCUAUGAAAAACCUAACUCAAAUGUUUGGUUGGCAACAGUUCCUUUGAUUAUUUCUAUCAUAGCAUGCGUGACAGUAUUGGGGAAUACCAUGGUGAUUGCUGCUUAUAUCCGAAGUAAUCGUAUCCGUGCUAAUGUGGCUAAUAUCUUCAUUUUAAAUCUAUCCGUAACUGAUUUUAUCGUAGGAGCUUUCAUGUGGCCAAUUAAUCUUACAUGGCUCAUCAAAGGUUACUGGUCAUUUGGUGAAGUCCUUUGCAAGGUUUGGUUGAUUACGGACUAUACGGUGAGUGUGGUGUCUGUUUUGACCAUGGUACUCAUUAGUUGGGACCGGUACUGUCUAUUGACAAUGGGGGUCCAGUAUCAGACGUAUCAGACCAAUAAAAGGGUGACACUAAUUGUACUUGGCAUCUGGAUAGUUGUUUUUACAUGGUAUACUGUACUUGCAUUUGCGUGGAGUCCAGUAACUGGGAUGUCUUCUGUAAAUUAUGCUUAUAACUGUGAAAUGGAAUUUACAUACAGCCUUGGUGGAACAGUUCUCGUGAAUGUUCUAGAGUUCUUCAUCCCGCUUACAGCCUUGCUAAUCAUGAACAUAGCCGUAUAUGUCAAUAUCAAACGGCGAUCGAAGGGUAUUGUGGGACCGAGCCCCCUUACAAACCAACUGACUCUAUCCAUUUCUAGAAAUCAGGAACAAUCCACCCAUUUUUCAGAGAACAGAAAUGUCGUUCAAUCUGGAAAUGUUUUGAAUAAUCAAAACGAGGAAGAUCGGAUCGCCACCUCAUCUAAUCUAGUCGCUGACACUAUCGAAGGAAGGGCAAAUGAACGGACAUCAGGUAACAAUGCAAUAGGCAACAUUUCGGAAACAAAGGAAAGAACAUUGGCAAGACAUCGUAAAGCCGCUGUUGUCCUUGCCAUUCUUGUAGGAGGUUUCCUGAUCUGUUGGUUGCCUAUCCAAUUCAUCUUCAGAGGUCCUUAUCCAGAAGAUAUUAAGGGUCAAGACAAGGUCAGAGAAAGGUCAACAAACUUUCAUUGGUAG